GGAUGGACCAGUGUUUAGGGCCUGGGACUUGGGAAUCCUAUAUUCGAAUCCCUGCUCUGCCACUGACUUCCUGUGUGGCCUUGGGCAUGUAGUCUGUCUCAGUUCCGCAUCUGUAAAAUGGGGACAAUAGCACUGCGUCACAGCGGGUUGGAAGGAUGAAUAUAUUAGUAUGUGACAUGCUCAGAUACUACAGUCCUGCAGGCCACAUGUUCCUGGAGAAGUACGGCUACUUUGAUGAGCCAGCUCCUAGUGGACCCACUUCUGAGCAGUUCGCAGAAGCAGUGAGGGAGUUCCAGUGGGUGACCCACCUGCCGCUCAGCGGGGUCCUGGAUACUUCCACGGUCCACCAGAUGAACCGGCCGCGAUGUGGUGUGAGUGAUGCAGAAAGCCACGCUGCCUGGGCCGAGCGGGUGCACGCCCUGCUCUCCGGCAGACGGGCCAAGACGAGACGCAGGAAGCGCUAUGCGCAGCAGGGUGGAAAGUGGUACAAGCGGCACCUAACCUACCGGAUCGUGAACUGGCCUUGGUAUCUGCCCCAGCACCAGGUGCGGCUGGCGGUGAAAGCAGCUUUCGAUCUCUGGAGCAAUGUCUCAUCCUUGGUGUUCUGGGAGGUGCUGGACAGCCCUGCUGACAUCCGCCUGGCUUUCUUCCAUGGCGACCACAACGAUGGACUCAGCAACGCCUUCGAUGGGCCAGGGGGCGCCCUGGCGCACGCGUUCUUCCCCCGCCGUGGGGAGGCGCACUUCGACAGCGACGAGCGAUGGUCCCUGCACAGCGGCAAGGGGCGCAACCUCUUUGUGGUGGUAGCGCACGAGAUCGGGCACACGCUGGGGCUGGAGCACUCGCCCGUCAGGAGCGCCCUGAUGUCUCCCUAUUAUAAGAAGCUGGGCAAGGACUUUGUGCUGAGCUGGGAUGACAUCCUUGCUGUCCAGAACCUGUACGGAAAGCCUUCCAAGGGCUCAGCUGUGCGGCUUCCUGGGAAGUUAUUUGCUCAUUUCCAGGACUGGAGCCCUGAUUUUCCAGACGACGAUCAGCUGCAGGGGAGCCUCGGCUCUUAUUACUGCCAGUCCUUCUUCGAUGCUAUCACCAUCGAUGCAGAUCACAACCUUUACAUCUUCAAAGGCCACCACUACUGGGUUGUGACGAAGGGAGGCAACGCCACCGACCCGCAGCUGCUCCGGACCCGAUGGGCGGAGCUCCCAGCUGGCAUUGACGCGGCUGCUGUGUCGGAGGCAGACGGGAAAUUCUACUUCUUCAAAGGCGGCCGAUGCUGGCGAUACAAAGGCUCCGCCCUGGAGGCGGGAUUCCCCCAGAAGUGCAGCACUCGCCACCCCGACGCGGCCCUCUACUUCCAGCAGCUCCGCCACCUGGUGCUCUUCAAGGGCCCCAAGUACUACGUGGUGAGCGAGGAGUCCCUGCAGGUGGAGCCCUACUACCCCCGGAGCCUGAGGGACUGGAACGGGGUCCCGGCCGGGGUGGAUGGCGCCCUGACGCAGCAGGAUGGCUUCGUGUACUUCUUCAGGGAGGACCAGUACUGGAAGUUCGACCAGGCCAAGCUGCAGGUGGUGGCGACGGGGAAGUGGGCCGCCCAGCUGCCGUGGAUUGGCUGCUGGGGCAGGAAUUCCAGCCAGACUCUCUUCUGAUCUCCCACAUGCUCGGACGUAACCAGGGGCCUUCCACCCCCCUCCACGCCUUGAUGACAAGGGCACAAUCCGGCCCUGAAUGUGGCAUCGAAAAGAUGGCGGCUGAUCCCCAUCUCCUGCCCUGCUCUUUACCGGGAGGGUUUUUAUUCAGAUACAUGUUUCCCUUCCCAUGUUGGUCCUUCACCCAGAUACCUCUUGUCAAUGAUCUACUUGAACUCCCAUCUCAGGAGCCAUCCCAAUGACUGCCGCAGGCGAGCAGGGAUAGUCCCGACCUUGAGGUGAACAGUGGGCAGAUCUCUCCGGCCAGAGUGUUCUUCAGUGGUUUAACCAAUGUCCCCCACUAAACCAAAGGGCUAAAAUGGGUAUUUUACAGAGCUCUAGAGAAGACGAGACCAUCUUCUCAGUUCAAAGAUAUCUCCACUUGCAAACAGGAGGAGACUGGCCCUUUAGCCUGGCGAGGUUGGAUAAUCCCAGAACUACCACCCUGACGUGCCAGGGUCCAGACGAUAGAAACUUUAAAAAUAUUUCAAGGGGCUUUAUGGUCCAAAAAUGCCAACGUUUUUGUAAAAUGAAAUGUUUUGGGAGAGGGAGACCUUACAAAAUAAAACCCCGUUGACUUUUUCCUAUCUUUUUGGUUUGUUUUUUUCAUGUUGUUUUUCACAAUAUUUUGAAUGGGAAUUUUUAUCAAAACCACUAUUGACAUUUUUCGUUUACCCCAAACUGGGUUUUUCACUAGACCGUUGAUCGGAUAAAUGGGCCCAUGUUGAACCUGCGAAACAGAACAGAAUUUCCGAAUGAUUGGUGAUUUUUUUUUUCUUCCAUUUUUCCAGCAGCUCCAAUCUUUCCGUGUUCAUUGGGUGACACAUGAGAACAACUCUGAUAAUUCUCUGGGCCAAAUUCAGGGGGUAGCGUAAGCUAGUGUAACUCGCUGCGAGAUCCGGAAGAAGUUGUAAAUUACAGCAGUUUAGACUGGCAUCCGUUUGCUUAGUGGAGAAGGUCGUCUGCUUAGCUGUGAGAGUAUCCUAUGUAAACACAAAACACUGUA